AUGCUUUCCAAGGGUGCCAUUAUUUUGCCUUUCGUUUUGGCGAACAACUUUGGUAUUAAUGUUGGGAAGUACCAAGGUGGAAGUUCCCAGGCAUUGCUGAUGGCGAGGAUUAAGCCAUCAUUCAUGGGCGGCUUGUUCUUUUAUUUUGCCAACUAUGAAAGAAGCCGACAGAACAGCGAGACGUUUGUUCGAAUGCUCCUAAAGUAUUUCGCGCAGCGCAAUUUUCACCGAUAUCUGGUGCCUUCAAUUCGACAUGUACGAGGUGAUAGUUUAACAUCGGAGUUCCGAGCAGGACUACCACUCGCGUUAGGAUGCAAUGAUAAUAGAACACUGCACAAUGCUGCCAAUCUCGAUGACAAGCACACGACAUGGACGACGCCGUGCUCGUAUUCCCUUCGCGGAUAUGAACGAUGUGCCAGUACGAGUAUUUCUCCUUUGCGGGCGUUUGCUCGCCUAAAAUCAUGGCUUUUUCAAGCGGAUGAAGCGGAUUCAAUCUUGUCCUCUCAGAGGCGAGCGUUCAACGAUCUUGACUGUUUCGGCGUACCCCUUCCUCAGACGUGGUCCACGGAACAUGGUGGGGAAGCAAUAUUCCUUUGUUACGCCACGGUGCGUCUUUUUCCUCAUUUACGUAGAAUCCUUCUCAUCAGAGCGAACUUUCGGACCGACUGGACAUUUUGGAUACGUCGAAAGAAUGACAUAAUAGGGAGCAAUAGCCAAGCGGCCGUCUUGCCAAGGAAAUUACCAGACUUCCAUACGAGGACGACACAGACGACCUUAGAUUCUUUUCCCCUUGACCCACCGUCCCCUGCUGAGAGUGUCGUUCGCGUCGGUGCAGCCUCUGUACGGAUCGAUGGUUCGAUACUCGUUUAA